UAUUCUCUCUCUAAUGUCUUAAAAUCUCAAACCCCAACUUCCUCUCCCUAUAUUCUCUCUCUCUCUUUUCAGUUACAGGUAGCCAACAACAACAGUAGUUAUGGACCCAUACGACGACGUUUUCUUCUCCGUUCACUCUCCAUCUUCCCAAAUCAACAACAACGAUGAUUCUUCUUCGUCUUCACCUCCGGUCCGAACGCCCAAGAUCUUCGACCGUUACGUUUCCUCCUCAAUCUCAUCACCAUCCUCAUCCGACUACGAGGACGAUUUACAGCCCUCCAACUCCAUCUCCUCCUUGGAAGCCUCCACUAAACGCCUCGAUUACAUGAUCCAAUUCCUCGACCGCAAACUCUCCAACAACACCACAACCAAUACCUCAAACAACGACAGUGUUUCCCACACACACAAAACUCUCGGUUUACCCGAAUUCAUCGGCAAAGGAGGAGGAGCCGGAAUUUUCCGUGUCCCGGUUCGAGCUGCGGUUCACCCAGACCGUCCACCGAGUCUCGAAAUUCGGCCACAUCCACUGAGAGAAUCUCAAAUUGGUCGGGUUUUGAGAACGAUUGUAACCACCGAGAAUCAACUAUGGGGUGGGAGAGAAAACGGUGCCGUUCAGGUCUGGGAAUUGAAGGAAAUGUACGGUGGGAGUGAUGAGACGGCGCCGUGCAAGGAGUCUGUGGCUUUGACUUCGGGUUCCGGUGUUAUGUGUUUGACUGGUGAUGAAGGGAGUCGAGUUGUUUGGAGUGGGCAUAUAGAUGGCAGAAUCCGGUGUUGGAAAAUGGAUCCAGGUCCGGAUUCGGAUUCAAGUCGGGUCAGGGAGGUCUUGUCUUGGGUCGCACAUCGUGGGCCAGUCAUGUCCAUGAUCAUCACUUGCUAUGGGGAUUUGUGGUCGGGAUCGGAGGGGGGAGUUAUAAAGAUAUGGCCAUGGGAAGCGCUGGAAAAGGCCUUUUCAUUCACGGCUGAAGAGAGGCACAUGGCUGCAUUGUUAGUGGAGAGGUCAUUUAUUGAUCUAAGGAACCAAGUGACUGCGAAUGGAUUCAGCAAUGUGCUGAACUCCGAUGUUAAACACUUGCUUUCAGAUAACUCUACGGCUAAAGUAUGGAGUGCUGGGUUCUUGUCGUUUGCAUUGUGGGAUGCUCGCACAAGGGAGUUGCUGAAAAUGUUUAAUAUAGACGGUCAGAUUGAAAGACUGGACAUGUUGUCAGGACAGGACCUUCUCUUUGAAGAUGAGAUCAAGAUGAAAGUUGUUUCUGGUUCAAAGAAAGAGAAAAUGCAAACUUCAUUUGGUUUCUUUCAGCGUUCACGCAAUGCUAUAAUGGGAGCAGCUGAUGCUGUUCGCCGAGUUGCUUCUAAAGGUGGCUUUGGAGAUGAUAAUAGGAGAACUGAAGCGCUGAUAAUAACAAGAGAUGGAAUGAUUUGGACUGGGUGUGCAAACGGCUCACUUGUGCAAUGGGAUGGAAAUGGCAAUCGUUUGCAAGAUUUCCAGUAUCAUUCUGUGGCUGUUCAGUGCUUGUGUACAUUUGGUUUGCGAAUAUGGGUUGGUUAUGCAAGUGGUACUGUUCAGGUAUUAGAUCUUGAGGGUAAUCUGCUUGGAGGAUGGGUGGCACACAGCAGUCCAGUUAUAAAAUUGGCUGUUGGAGCCAGCUAUGUUUUCACCCUGGCUAAUCAUGGCGGUAUACGCGGAUGGAAUGUCAUGUCUCCAGGACCCCUUGACAAUAUAUUGCGAUCAGAGUUAGCUGGAAAAGAAUUUUUGUAUACAAGGAUAGAGAAUUUAAAAAUAUUGACUGGUACAUGGAAUGUAGCACAAGGAAAAGCUUCACAAGACUCACUUGUGUCCUGGUUAGGUUCUGCUGCUGGGGAUGCUGGCAUUGUCGUUGUUGGGUUGCAAGAAGUUGAAAUGGGUGCUGGUGUGCUUGCAAUGUCCGCGGCAAAGGAAACUGUUGGACUGGAGGGCAGUUCUGUCGGGCAGUGGUGGCUAGACAUGAUUGGCAAAACAUUGGAUGAAGGGUCAACGUUUGAACGUGUUGGUUCAAGGCAGCUAGCAGGCUUGCUGAUUGCCAUGUGGGUUAGAAAUAGUCUUAAAGCUCAUGUGGGGGAUGUUGAUGCUGCUGCAGUUCCAUGUGGCUUUGGACGUGCAAUUGGUAACAAGGGUGCUGUUGGUUUGAGGAUUAGGGUAUAUGAUCGGGUAAUGUGCUUUGUUAAUUGCCACUUUGCAGCACAUUUAGAAGCGGUUAAUCGACGGAAUGCUGAUUUUGACCAUGUAUAUCGGACUAUGACCUUUGGCCGACCAUCUAAUGUUUUCGGUGCUGCAGCUGGUACGGUGUCAUACCUGUUCUUGUCUUGCUCGAUUGCCUGCUAUUUAAUUUGGCUUGUUUAUAGAACUGGCUUGCCAUUACUCCUUUCUAUUGCAGCUGGCACUUCAUCUGCAGCCCAAAUGCUUCGCAGUGCAAAUGUUAUGGGUGCUAACUACUCUCCAGAAGGAAUACCCGAGUUAUCAGAGGCAGACAUGGUUAUAUUUCUUGGUGAUUUUAAUUAUCGGCUUGAUGGUAUAUCUUAUGAUGAAGCAAGGGAUUUUGUAUCUCAGAGAUGCUUUGAUUGGCUUAGAGAAAAGGACCAACUCCGCAUAGAAAUGGGAGCUGGAAAUGUGUUCCAAGGAAUGCGUGAAGCAGUUAUUAGAUUUCCUCCCACAUACAAGUUUGAAAAGCACCAACCUGGUUUAGCAGGGUAUGAUUCAGGUGAAAAGAAGCGCAUCCCUGCCUGGUGUGACAGAGUGCUAUAUCGUGAUAGCCGGUCACCUCAUGUAUCUGAAUGCAGCUUAGACUGUCCUGUUGUCUCUUUGAUAUCACAGUAUGAUGCCUGCAUGGAUGUGACUGACAGUGAUCACAAGCCUGUUCGUUGCGUAUUCAGUAUUGAUAUUGCAAAAGUUGAUGAGUCAGUGAGGAGACAAGAGUUUGGAGACAUUAUGAAAUCAAAUGAGGAAAUUAGAUGCAUAAUUGAUGAACUAUGCAAGAUUCCAGAAACCAUUGUAAGCACGAACAACAUUAUCCUUCAAAACCAGGAUACAACCAUCUUGCGUAUCACAAAUAAAUGUGGGGAAAAUUAUGCUUUGUUCGAAAUUGUUUGUGAAGGCCAGUCAAUAAUUGAUGAAGAUGGACAAGCAUCAGAUCAUCAUCCAAGAGGUGGUUCCUAUGGCUUUCCCCAAUGGCUUGAGGUCACUCCAGCUGCUGGCAUAAUCAAACCAGACCAUAUUGCCGAGGUGUCGAUUCAUCUUGAAGAUUUCCCCACCGUGGAGGUUUUUGUUGAUGGUGCCCCUCAGAAUUCAUGGUGUGAAGACACCAGGGACAAGGAAGCUAUGUUGGUGGUGAAAGUUCGAGCUAGUUACAACACAAAUGAGACCAAAAAUCAUCGGAUUCGCGUGCGUCACUGCUGUUCAUCGCAAACAGCACAACUUGGCACAAGACCAAAUGGCUCGGGGCAAAUCCAAGGAAAUCUUCUCCGCCGGGCUGAUUACCAACAUCUUAGCAGUUCCUAUGACAUGGUUAAUCACCUGCGCAAUUUGCACAGUCCAUAAAUGGAAAUCAUUUGGAUUGGCUGAAUGGCAAAUCACUGAUGAGUUACUAUCCCUUCUCCAUUUUUUACAAUUAUCUCCAUGUAAAUAACACAAGCCCUCGUGCCUUCAUUGCUUUUACAAGUUGAGCAUUUGCCAAUAGUUUUUCAUUCGGUUAGACCAAUGCCAGGGUUUUUUUUUUGUUUUUUUAUGUCAUCGGUUUUUGAGGUGAGUUUGAAUAGAACUUGUGAUUUUUUGGGAAUGAUUGUCAGUUUAUAACUGUACAGAAAAGCGAAUACAUCAGCAGGGUUUUUUAUUC